AUGUUAGAGGAAGAGAAAGCUCAAUUAAUUUCAGCAAAAGAAAAACGAGGAAUUGAUUAUUUAUGGGAAAAAUUGCCGCAUUUCUCCUGGUACCAACUCCGCAUUACAGCCAUGGCGGGCUACAGUGCUGUUAUAGGUGGUUUCAUGGCGGUUUAUCCUGUUUUUGCGCAGCUCAAGCCUCCUCAUCGAUGUCAGACAGAGUUGGAUAAGAGAGAUGGAUUCAGUUGGCUCUCGUGGGAGGAGAUAAAAGCGUUGACUACAGGUGGGUCUACCUGUAAUCGGGCGGAAAUGAAUGAUGGAUGCGGGCACUGUAUUUUUGACUCAACAGUUCUCGAAUCAUGUAACCAUCAGGAGAGUUUUGAGAGCCUUAAAACCUGUCUUGGAAAUUCAAGCGCGACUUGGUCAGAAUCAUGCAACGGGCAAUUCAAUUUCGACCGGUCCUUGAGCAACAUGACGAAUAAGUUCUUUAACAAGGGCGAGCCGUGGGAAACCGCGGUGACGGAGUUCAAGCUCAUCUGCGGCGACGAGUGGUUUGACUCGCUUUCAACAAGUCUUGCGCUUCUGAUGCUGGCUGCGGGCGCUUUUAUAGCUGGAAUUUACGGUGAUAGAUUCGGGCGGAAAAAUGCGAUUCAAGUGUGGAACUUUAUAACUGCUAUUUGUCUCACAAUCCAUGCUUUUGCUCCGAAUAAAUACGUAUUUAUGAUCAUGCGAGCUCUGGGCAACGGUUUCGGGCACAUCUCCUACUUGGCUCAGAAAACUUAUGCAAUGGAACUUACUGGCCCCUCGAAGCGACACAUAACUGGACCUCUUGGAAGCGUGUAUUUUGCUCUUGGGUAUGUUUUGUCCGGAACCGUGGCUUAUUUUUUCCCGAGCUGGAGAGAUUUGACCUUGGUUUAUGCCUUCAUUGCUUUUGCUACUCUUUUGACCCUUCCUUUCUAUCCUGAGUCGCCGAUGUUUUUGUACUCCCGUGGGAAGACGGAAGAAGCCAGGAAAAUAUUUCGGGAAAUGGGGAGAAGAACUGGGACGAGGAUAUCAGAUGAGUUGCUGGAAAAGGUUGAAGGAGACAUUCUGAAGAACGAUCAAAAGGAGAGGGAUGAUGAAGCGAUUGCAGAGCAGUAUUCGAUUCUGGAUCUUUUCAGACAUCGGAAUUUAUCGAUAGUCUCGAUUCUUGUCGGUGUUGCUUUUGUUGCAAACACCCUUGUCUACUACGGUCUCGUUUUCAACGUCGCCCGCUUUGCUGGAAAUCUUUACGUCAACAACACGAUCAACGGCAGCGUGGAAGUUCUAGCUUAUGUUGUUCUAGGAUUGACUCUCGAUAGAUUUGGAAGAAGAUGGAUCGCGGGUGGGUUUUUAGUCCUCGGCGGAAUCGCUUGUUUGGCUUGUAUGGCGCUGGAAGAAGUGGCGAAGAAUGCGGCUGAUCCUUCAAAUGCUUUGGAGCUGCAAAGAUGGAUGGCUUUUUUGGGGCAUUUGUUCAUUUCGGGAUCGUUUGGGGCGAUGUACAUUUACGGAGUGGAGUUGUUUCCGACUCCCCUGAGAAGUACUGGAAUUGGCUUUGGUUCCAUUUGCGGGAGAUUCGGGUCGGUUCUAGCGCCUUUUAUCAUUCAAAUUAAAAACCGAUCGAUUGUGUAUUUGAUUUUCGGAGCUGUUGGAGUCAUUGGAGGAGCAUUUGUCUUUUUACUCCCAGAAACUGCGGGCGUGCCUCUCUGUCAAACUUUGGAAGAAUCGCUCGAUUUUUACGAGAAAUCGAACAAAAAAUUGGGAAGCUAUUUUUACAAACGAAGAAGGAAACUGUCAGAAACGAGCAAAAAAGAAACCGAUUUGUGA